AGCAGUGAGACAGUUGGAAGGGGAGGAAAGGAGCAAGAGACUCUUACGGGGAGUUACUGCAGGAGACAGAGGGAAGGGGAAGGUUUGAAAGUUGGAUUUCCAGACCCAUUGAAGGAGGUGCACUGAGCUCUGUCCAGGCAGCGUCUCUGAGUGCAGAUGAGGAUGGAGGGGUGGAUGUGGAUGGUGUAUGUGCUGGCCGCUUUGUUCCAUCAGGUGUGGAGCUCUGCAGAACAUCACCACAGAGAUGCAGAGCUGCAUCCUUGGGCUCUGUUUCCCUGGAGAAAUCAAGGCAGGAGUCUGGCCAGAAUGAAGAGGGACUGGAUCAUCCCUUCAAUCAGAGUGUUGGAGAACAGCAAGCAAGUCCCUGAAGAUCUUGUUGUGAUCAAAUCAGACAAAACCUUCUCGGGCGAGGUGAUCUACAAGUUGGAGGGUCCUGGAGUCGACCAGGAGCCCAAAAACCUGUUUGAGAUUGAUGAUAAAAAAGGAGUAAUCAGGAGCAAGCAGCCACUGGACAGAGAGAAGCACAGGAGUUUCACGCUCAAAGCCUUUGCCCUGUCCCCCAGUGGGGAGAGGUUGGAGAACCCCACCACCAUUGAGAUUGUGGUUCUGGAUCAGAAUGACAACAAACCCGUUUUCACUCAGAGGCAGUUUGUUGGCUCAGUCCCUGAGUUCGCUGUCCCAGGAACAUCAGUGAUGUCAGUAUCAGCCACAGAUGCUGAUGACCCAAUGACAGAUAAUGCUGCACUGAGCUACUCCAUUAUUAGCCAGGAGAGCAUUCCUGCCAACGCCGUCACCAAAACUAUGUUUGGGAUCAACAACGAGACAGGCGCCAUCUACACAAGAGAUGUAGGUCUGGACAGAGAGGUGGUAAAAGGUUUCAGGUUAAAGCUUCAGGUUGCUGAUAUGGGGGGAAUGGGAUUAACUGCUGAAGGGGAAGCAAUCAUUAAUGUGUCGGACAUCAACAACCAUGCACCACAGUUCAGUCCUAAAACGUACCACAUGAAAGCAGAGGAAAACAAGUUCUACACGGAGAUCGGUCGAGUGAAUGUGACGGACAGAGACGACAGAGGAACAAGAAACUGGGAGGCCAGAUACUCAUUCUUGCCCUCCAGUGACCCCAAACGCAGCUUUGCCAUUGCAACGGAUCCUUCCACCAACCAAGGAGUUAUCAGUGUAUUAAAGCCUCUGGAUUAUGAAACACAAAGAGAGCACGUCCUGCUCUUGACCGUGGAAAACGUCAAUCCCCUGAGCGGGAGGGCCCCCAAACUGCAACCGAGCACAGCCACAGUGGUGGUCACAGUCAUGAACAAGAAUGAAGGUCCGUACUUUAGAGAGGACCCCAUCGUGAUCAAAGCCCCAGAGUCGCUGCUUCCUGGGGCAACGCUGACAAGCGUUCCUGCCUUUGAUCCAGACAACUCUGUGCUCAGUUAUGAAAUAUUUAGAGACCCAGAGGGGUGGCUGGACGUGGACAAACUCACAGGAGACAUUUCAGUGAAGAGAGCAUUUAACAUGAGAUCACCACAUGUUGAAAACAACGUCUACAGUGCUGUGGUCAGGGUUACAGAUGCUGGUGGUUUGUCAUCGACGGUCACAGUGAAGGUAGUUCUGGAGGAAACCAAUGACUUCCCCCCGAGGCUCUUCCCUUUGAGCAACUCCAUUUGCAGGGGUGUCAGCAGCACCCGGCAUGGCCUGUUUCUGACUGCUGUGGAUGAAGACCGCCAUCCACACGCCGCGCCUUUCAUUUUUGAACUGGUUUUUGAUCAGUCAGUCAACUGGACAGUAAUUCAAGUCAACGAGACACAUGCUGUGCUCCAGCCCAUCGUAGAGCUGGAGGCAGGAGAGUAUGCGGUCACAGUGGCGGUGAGGGACUCAGGCAGCCCGCCUAAGAGUGCUCACAGUCAGGUCAAUGUCACCGUGUGUCUGUGUGACUCCUAUGGAGACUGCAAAUCUGAGGCGGGGGCCUUCUUAGGCUCCAGCGUGGGAAUCAGCUUCAUCGCUGUCAUCAUCAUCAUCGCCUGUGCUUCAGUCCUGCUGUUGCUCCUGCUUCUUGCCGUGACUUUGACCGCCUGUGGAAGACGCCACCACAUAAAGAAAGGGACGGGUCUGCUGGUCGGGGAGUCAGAGGAUGACGUUCGAGACAACAUCCUCAACUAUGACGAGCAAGGAGGGGGUGAGGAGGAUGAGAACGCUUUCAACGUUGACCUGCUGUGGAACCCCCAUGAUGCACCUUCCCCCCCGCGCUCCUUCUACACGGGGACUGGAGUUCCUCGAGGCAAGCAGCCCCUGAGGAGGGAUGCCCCGCACAACCUGCCCUCCCCGAUCUACCCCAGAAGGCCUCCUGCAAAUCCCACAGACAUUGAGGACUACAUCAAUGAUGGUUUGGUGGUUGCAGAUACUGACCCGAACGUGCCCCCUUAUGACACGGCCCUGAUCUACGACUACGAGGGAGACGGCUCUGUGGCAGGCAGCCUCAGCUCCAUCGCUUCAGGCAGCUCUGAUGAGGAUCAGGACUAUGAUUACCUCAACGACUGGGGACCUCGCUUUCAGAAACUGGCUAAUCUGUACGACUCGCAUUAAAGAGGAAAGAGCUCUCCAUGCCAGGACCUGCUGGGUUCAUCAGUAUUCAGGGGCACAGAUCAUGCCUCAGGUGCUUUCUGGGCUCUUUUAGAAGGAUUUUAGCCCAGCUCAGGACUGAAAGUGGCUUAUAUUAGGGAAAAAUUAAACAAAAAACAAAA